AUGGUGGAUCAUUUGCUUUCGCUGCAAGAGUCGCGGCCCGAAUAUUACACUGAUAAGACCAUCAAAUAUGUGAUACUUGACAUGCUUAUAGCAGGCACGGAGACUUCAACUUUGACAAUGAAAUGGGCAAUGACUUAUUUACUCCGUCAUCCACAUGCUCUGAAGAGAGCCGCUGAGGAGUUGGAUAGUGUAAUCGGGCAAGAACGCUUGAUAGAUGAGACAGACAUUGCAAAACUUCCUUAUCGAAACAUUAUAUUAGAAACUCUACGUUUGAAACCACCGGUAGCAUUACUGGUUCCACACAUGUCAUCAGAGGAUUGCACCAUCGGCGGUUAUAAUGUACCUCGUCAAACCAUAUUAUUUAUCAAUGCAUGGACCAUCCAUAGGGACCCGAAAUUGUGGGAUGACCCGAGAAGUUUUAAACCCGAAAGAUUUGAAAAUGGAGAUGAUAGACAAUACAAGUUUUUGCCAUUUGGGCUUGGGAAGCGAGCCUGUCCCGGAGCAAACAUGGCCCAACAAAUGAUCAUUUCAGCUUUGGGAUCGUUGAUCCAAUGUUUUGAAUGGAAAGGAAUAAGUGAAGAAGGAAUGAACAUGCCUUUGGCGAUGCCAUUGGAAGACAUGUGCAAACCUCGUGAAAUCAUGGCGAAGAUUGCUGAGCACUGA